GAUUUCCUGACAACCACAUACAUCUGUUCGAAAAACAUUCCUACCCACUGACUCAUCCAGAGAUAUAAAACAAGCCCCAAACCCGAAUUGCUGAAGCCAAGAGAGUCCGAUCGGCAGCAGAAUUGAGGCAGUUUGGACUUCUCGAGAAAUACCGAGAUGGAGGGUCGCUGUAUUUCUUUGUCUGCUCUGAUGGUUUGCACACUGUUGACUGGAUUCUGCAGGUCGGCACAAGCAGACUGCGAAGUGGAACAGGAGAGGCUGAGGGCUCAGGUGAAAGCUCUGGAACUCAGAAUCAAACAGCAGCAACUACAGAUCCAGCGCAUCUUAAGUGAGAGGGAAAAUCUUGAUAUCGUUCAUGGUUCUGAUGUGGAAGAAAGUAUAAAUAUGGUAGAAGGAAGACAACUCUUUGCAGAUUGUGCCGAGAUCUAUAACAGCGGCAAUAAGAGGAAUGGAUUUUACAGAAUUCAGCCAUUGGCAGCUCCUACAAGUUUCUCAGUUUACUGUGAUAUGACUGAAGGUGGAGGCUGGACUGUUAUCCAAAGACGAAAUGAUGGCAGUGUAAACUUUGACAGAGUAUGGGCUGAAUACAAGCAAGGCUUUGGAAACUUCCAAUCUGCCACUGGAGAAUACUGGCUUGGAAAUGACAACCUGCAUUACCUUACAUCACAGGGAGAGUACACUGUGAAAUUCAAUCUUAUUGACUGGGAUGCUGAAAAACGGGAUGCACAGUACAGAAACUUCAGGGUUCAAAAUGAGCAGAAUUCAUACCAGCUGAGCUUUGGCACAUAUUCUGGUACAGCAGGAGACUCACUAAGUGGAACGUACCACCCAGAAGUCGCCUGGUGGGCCAAUCACAACGGUAUGAAAUUCAGCACAAAGGACAGGGACAAUGACCGCUACGAGGGCAACUGUGCACAAGAAGAUAAUGGUGGAUGGUGGUUCAACAGAUGUCACUCUGCUAACUUGAAUGGACUUCAUUAUAAUGGAGGAGCUUUCUCAUCAAGAACAGAUAAUGGAAUCAUUUGGUACACCUGGCAUGGUUGGUGGUAUUCACUGAAAUCCACAGUCAUAAAAAUCAGACCUUCUGAAUUUGUGCCUAGUUCAAACUGAGUGUUCCAGACGUUCAUGUUGUGUGCCAGAUUAUUACACUAAACACUACUUUCUUGGGCUAAACAAAAGUAUUACAGUUUAUUGUAGUCUUCAGCAGGUAACCUCUCAUUCCAUUCUCCUUACAGCAUUAUGCAAUUGGAUUUGUGCUGUAUCAGACAGAGAGAGCAUCAUUGUAUAGUAUACAAACAAUACACCUAGUUCUCAUCCACAUCAGUGGCAGUAUGAUACAGAGGUAAGGUGAUUAUCAGCACUACUUGGGUUAACUCCUUUCCAUUUGCAAAUGAACAAACAAAUUACAAGUUGUUUGCAGUGCUCUCAAAAAAUGUUCCAUCCAAAGAUAUACUGUCACUGUAGUAUCACAUUGUUUCAUCACUUCUCUCUCUCUGCUAUUUUCUCUGACUCUCUAUUACUCUGUCCUUAUUUUAAUCUCUUGCUUUUCUAUCCAUCUGUAUCUCUCUUUGAGCCUUUCUCUUUGAAUCUUUGAAUACUCAAGAGUCCUUUGUGUCACAACCUUUGCCUGAAAUAUAUUUGUUGCCAGUGAACACAUUCUGCUGGGAAAUAAAUGGAGAUAAAUGGGGAAUGAAAAUGAAAGAAAAGUAGAAUAUUUGGGAGGAUUUUUACACAUCUAUCGUUACAGGACUAUUAUUGGAUUAUAAAAAGUAGGAGCAAUUUUUACCAUUUUGUAAGGCAGCUUAAUUUCUUCACUUGGAAAUCAGUACUAUAAUAAUAAAACAAUGAUUACUUCUCUACUCUGAAAUCAUCAUCCACGGGAAUAGCACAACAAAAACAAGAACAGUUCCUUAAAAGCUCUUAUAACAACAUAUCAUACUUUUAUCCUGACAUACUGUAGUUGCCUUUUGAACAUGUUUAAUAGAGACAAUGACAUACAUUUGAAAUGUUGUUAAUGUUGCAUUUGUAGGUAGUAGUGUGAUCCAUUACAAUGUAGAUUACAACGCCUUAUAUAUACAGCUGUCACUUUAUGCUUUGAUUAUCAAAAACACAACUUCACUUUGAACGUUUCCUGUAUACAUUAGUAAAUAAAAUGAUUGAAAUAUUUCUAAA